UGCAAGCUCUCGUGCUCAUCUCAUCAACACUCGCCAAAUACGACAACAUCUUUUACAUUGUUAAUUUUCUUUUUUUUUCUUUUUUUGCAAACUUAGUUCCGGUUCUUCGUUCUUACACAAAUUCAAGGGACCCUCACAAUCGCACUCCUCACAAUGAGCUUAUCCUGCCUCCGAGCGCCUCUCCGGCUGGCAGCAGCAGUCCGACCCGUUAAUCGCACCCUCCUCUCGCUCUCGCCAUCACCAUCACCAUCACCAUCAUCAUCCUUUUUUAGACCCACCUUUACAACGCCAUCACCAAACAACAACCCCCAAUCUCGCCCCUCCUCCUCCAGCUCCCAGUGGAAACAACGCCAAUCCCGAGACCGCUUCGCCCUCGCGGCUAGAGUCCAAGGCCUCCGCUCCCGCGCCGCCUUCAAGCUCCUAGAGAUGCAAGAAAAAUACUCCCUCUUCCGGCCCCGCAGGAACCAGAUCGUCGUUGAUUUGGGGUACGCCCCUGGGUCGUGGUCGCAGGUGGCACUUGACGCGACGGCCCCAGACGGGAAGGUGAUUGGCAUCGACUUGUUGCCUGCGCAGCCGCCAAAGGGGGUGAGCACCAUCCAGGGAAACUUUCUCAGCAAGGCGGUGCAGGAGAUGUGCAAGAAUUUUGUGUUGGAGGCGGAUUUGAAACGGAGGAAAAUGGAGAGGAGGCGGGAAUGGGCGGCAAAGAAGAGCAUUGAGAUAGAGGAGGGAGAGGUGGAGGAGAGGGGGAGUUAUAUCGAUUUGGAGAGGCGGUCGGCGCAGGAGGAGGAGGAGUUGGAACAGGAGAAGGGCUUGAAUAUGAGGGUGGUUGAUGUGGUGUUAAGCGACAUGUCCGAACCCUGGCCCCAAACUCAAGGAUUCAAAAUCAACAGCAUAAGUAACCCGUAUUUGUCUCUACACAGGUUGAUGAACACGAGCGGAAUUUCUCUCAGGGACCACGCGGGGAGCAUGGAACUUUGCAAAGCGGCGUUGACGUUUGCCAGCGAAACACUGAAACCGGACGGGCACUUCGUGUGCAAGUAUUACGAAGGGAGUGGCGACGAUGAGUUGAAGAUGGUGCUGAAGAAGAUGUUUGCAAAGGUGCAUAGGGAGAAGCCAAUGUCGUCGAGGAAGGAAUCGAGAGAGGCAUUCUAUGUGGCGCUGAGAAGGAGGGAAGAUGUUACGUUUGAGCAUGUGGACGGGAUGUAUAAGAUUCUUCAAAAUGGUGAGGUGGUCUGUGGCAUUGUGUAGUAUAUCUGUUGUGCAUAGUUGGGACAGGCGUUUGGUGGCAUCAAAAGCUGAGGCUGCAAUGGGCCGAGUUUCUCACUCGAGUCUACUUGUAAUUCAAUGUUUGGUUUCGAGAUGACUUGGCA